AACAACAAUGGAUAAGCCGUACCAGUCAUCAGAAAUGGCGAACGGUCAGUAGGCUCUCAAUGCCGAUGGAAUUCCUUUCGAGCUGCGCUUCUUCUUCAUCCUCACCGAGUUUCGCUUUCUUCAAUCUCCAUCAUCAAAAUACUCUCAGUUCUCGCGCCACUGUAAAGCUUUCACAGUCUCAGGUAUUGCCGUGGAACCACCCUUCUGUGGUUGGCAUUGGUCGAUCAACUAGUCUUAGUACUGAUGGUCAGGAGAGAAUUUGGAGUUGUAAUUGUGGAACGAGCCGUGCUUGCUUGCUUCCGCAGCUAUGGAGAUAUCAUUCCUGUUUGUCUUCUCCGUUUGAGUGGAGAAGAUAUCCGGUGAAUUUCCGAAGAAUCAGGAGUUCUAUGGAAAAAUUUAGACGGCGUUUCUCUGUACAACUUGCUCGAGUGAUGGUCUGCGUGAUGCUAGUGAUGUCAGUUUCUUCUACUUUUGGUGAUACUCCAUCGUGGGCUCUCACCGAAGAGAACUUACUCUUUUUGGAGGCAUGGAGGACAAUAGACCGUGCAUAUAUUGAUAAAACUUUUAAUGGGCAAAGUUGGUUUCGUUACAGAGAAAAUGCGUUAAGAAAUGAACCCAUGAAUACGCGAGAAGAGACCUAUACUGCAAUAAAGAAAAUGCUUGCGACUCUUGAUGAUCCCUUUACUCGGUUUCUAGAACCUGAAAAGUUCAAAAGUUUGCAGUCUGGUACUCAAGGUGCUCUUACAGGUGUAGGGCUGUCCAUUGGUUACCGCACCAUUGUUGAUGGACCUGGUGGACUUGUCGUCAUUUCAGCUGCACCAGGUGGCCCUGCAGAAAGAGCUGGUAUUUCUUCUGGUGAUGUUAUUCUGGCAAUUGAUGAUACUACCACUGAAUCCAUGGGUAUAUAUGACGCGGCAGAGCGAUUGCAAGGACCAGAAGGAAGUUCUGUGCAAUUGACCGUUCAAAGUGGACCAAGUGUAAAGCAUCUAGAUUUAGUGCGAGAGAAAGUUGCAGUAAAUCCUGUGAAGUCCAGAAUCUGUGAGCUGCCUGGCUCAGGGGACGAUUCCUCAAAAAUUGGUUACAUCAAGCUUACGUCAUUUACUCAAAAGGCAUCUGGUGCUGUGAAGGAAGCUAUUGAUUCUUUAAGGAGUAACAGGGUUAAUGCCUUUGUACUUGACCUUCGGGACAAUAGUGGUGGUCUUUUUCCCGAAGGAGUUGAGAUUGCCAAGAUUUGGUUGGACAAAGGUGUUAUCGUGUAUAUUUGUGAUAGUCGUGGUGUUCGAGAUAUAUAUGAUUCAGAUGGAAGUAACACUGUAGCAGCUUCAGAACCUUUAGCUGUGUUGGUGAACAAGGGAACUGCUAGUGCGAGUGAAAUCCUAGCCGGAGCAUUGAAAGAUAACAAGCGUGCUAUGUUGUUUGGAGAACCAACUUAUGGAAAAGGCAAGAUUCAGUCAGUCUUUAAAUUAUCCGAUGGUUCUGGCUUGGCUGUUACAGUAGCUCGUUACGAGACACCAGCUCACAUCGAUAUCAACAAGGUUGGAGUGAUUCCAGACCGUCCACUACCAGCAUCAUUCCCCAAGGAUGGAGAUGGUUUCUGUAGCUGCUUCGAGGACCCUGCUUCUGCUUGCAAUAUCAACAGGGUACAACUAUUUUCAAGAUGAUGAUUUUUUUCCCCUUGAAUUGACAUUAUUUGACUUGGGAUGGUCAGUUUAGCAUAUCUUGAUUGGUCAAACAUUCCUUAUAUUUAUAUCCAUAGGUUUCUGUAAUAGCAAUUAUUCACAAAGUUGAAUACAAACAUAGCACGUUUGAUUUAUAUAA